UUCAUGUUACCAAUAUUGUUAUCGUAAGAAAUUACGAACAAUACAAAUACCCAACAAGUCAAUCAUUUACUGGUCAUCGUUUAAAACAAUGAAAGGAUUAAAUAGUAUUUCACAAGAUCAUGUUAAAUCUAACUUAACAAACAAGAGCAAAAAACAGACAUGAACAAAGAAUGUUUCACACAAAAUGGAUUAGGAAAAUAUAUGAUAGGUCGUAGUGCAACUGAUGGUACUUUAAGUACGCUUGCUGAAUCCUACCCAGGAUCAAAUAAAAAUGAAAAAUGUACUUCAGAUAUCAAUCAAUCUUCCCUUUAUUUACAAAAUAGACCACUGAUCCCCCAAUCAAUUAGUAGAAACUCACUUCAGUCAAAUGAUUAUAAUUACCAUAGCAACAACAAUAAUAAUAAUAGUACAAAAAGUGUCCAUUUUGAUGUACCUAAUAGUAAUGAUAAUAAUAAUAAUAACAAUAUAUCACAAAAUUCAAACCAGUAUUACAAAGCACCAUGUGUGAAUUCUAUUAAUCCUCAAUGUUUCGGAUCAUAUUGUGAAACGGUUCCUUUCAUCAAUCAACAACAACAAAUUCAAAUAAAUUGGCAAACUAAUUCUCAACAGUUAAUAUGCUACCCAAUAAUGAAUAAAAGCCAAAUGUUUACUAAUUGUUCACAAACACUAUUUCAUACAAGUCUAUACUCAAAUAUUAAUAAUUCCCAAACACAAAUGUUAAAUGCCGAUAUUGUACCAUAUAAUAAUUUAUGGAGAUCUGCAUCAUUCGGCAACGAAACCGAGCUAUUACAGCCAAUUAAUAAUGAGUUCCAAACACAUAUACCACAUUCUAUGACUACAACGUUCUUAACAUUACAUCAGCAUCCAUUACAUUAUCAUCAUCAAUAUUCUACCACAACAGCACCGCCACCACCACCACCUUAUCCAAAGGAUCAUAGACUGAUUAACUCAUGUACUGCAUCAAAACAAAUAAAAUAUCACCUGGGAGAGUUGGAAAAAUCAGAUGAAUAUGUUGUAAGAUCUCCUUCAAAGUUAUUACUGAAGAAAACUGUAGGAAAAGAGCAAAAUACUAAGAUGAUCACUAAUUCCAAUAAGAAACGUGGAACAAAGCGUGUUGAUAACCGGAAGCUUUAUAGAAGAAAACAUAAAGAGCAUCUAGGUAUGGUCAACAACCAUCUCACUCUAGAUCACUACACCAAAAACGACAGGAACAGACAUUAUAUUCUUAGUGUAUAUUCUGAUGGUAGUGUGUCAGAAUCAAGCGGUAUGUAUACGGUCAAACACUGUGGGUACCGCAACAAGAAACAUUCAAAACAUUUUGAUAGUCAAGCACAAAUUAUUGACUCUGAUUCUCCUGCUACAACUGAUGUAAGUUUUACUCAUACUAGCAAGCGUUCGAGGAAAUGUUUCAACGAACAUUUUAUGCACACAGAACAUAAACGUAAAACAUGUCAUUUUCAUUCAAAAACACGACCGGAAAAACACACAGAUUUAUUAAACAACGACAAAAUUCAGUCAUUAAAUGGCAGUCUGUGUAGCACAGCUAAUAACGAUACUAAGUGUGAUAAACGUGUCAGAGAUUUUGAAAAGAAAUUUGAUGCUAAAAUUUAUACUUUACCAUCAUUGAAUGAAAGAUAUACGAUAUCUCAUAGUGAAUCCAAUCCACUGAAUUUAUCUUUCCUAACAAGAGAGAAUACAACCAAUAAUAUGAAUCGUUCAUUUUCUUCAUCUGACAUACCUUAUACGAGACAUGGAGAAUACAUUUAA